GGAACCUCCUGUUUCCCGUCAGGCAGCUCGGCGGGAAAGAUGGCGGCGUCCGUAGGUCGGCUGCUGCUGGCAGUGGAGACCCCGCUGGGGCGAGGAGCAGGAGGCAGCUGCCAGGUUGUCCAAACGCUGCUGAGUCCUGUUAAGCUGUGUGCUUCUGCCACUCUGAUUUUGGUGCGAACAAAGAAGAGGCAUUAUGUUCCGCCCCGUAAACAGGACGACUCGGUCGAUCACAAGAAACGAGCGCAAGCUGCAGGCCUGGUGGUUCGGCAGCAGUACAUGGAGAGACCCAUCAACAUAUCCUGUACAGCUGGGAUAUUUGAUCCGUAUGUUCCGCCGGAGGGCGAUGCCCGCAUGUCCACGCUCACAAAGGCAGGACUGAAGCAACGCAUGGAGCAGGCCAAACAAACUGCCGCCUCCCAGCUCGCAGCCCGGAAGGUGAAAGAAUACGACAGUGAUUUCAACACAAAGAACUUUGCCUCAAAGGCCCAGGACAUUUACAUAAAUGCGCAUCAGUGCCUUGUGAAUUUUGACAAAGUACAGCUUCACAAAUUGGUAACAGAGCGGUGUUACCCGGACAUGGUACGUGGCAACAGGUUCAAGACAAUCCGCUGGAAGUUUCUGCAGUCCCUGGAAGUACCGAAGCUUGUCCACAUCCGCUGUCCUGACAUGGUCAGCAAGGGGAAUUUGUAUGGCCAGGUCACCAUUCGAUUCCACAUGCAGCAGACUUUAGCCAUUUAUGACCGAUUUGGUCGGCUGAUGUAUGGCAACGAAGACUUACCAAAUGAUAUCUUGGAGUACGUGGUGUUUGAGAGACACUUAGUCAAUCCCUAUGGGUUAUGGAGAAUGCAUGGAAAGAUUGUACCUGCCUGGGCCCCACCCAAAGACCCUAUCAUUAAGACCAUUAUGAUUCCUGGACCCAAGCUACAGCCAUGGGAAGAGUUUGAAGCAAAGAAUAUUGAGAUUCCGAAAGCUGAACCUGUGCAGUGGAGUAAGUGAGAAGUCCUGCGGGGAGACACAAACGGAUCGAAAACAUUUCUCCAUUGCUGUUUGUGCUGGGACAUUGUAUUUUGAGGAACAAGUUAAAUUUAUGUGCAACCUGUAUGCACUCUGCAUUAACUGACUAGUGCCAGACCCUCCGAGACAAAUAAACACGCAUGGAGCUGGUACAGUACAAAACAGAAUCAGAAUAAUAAAUUGUCAUGUUCGUAUGUUGUGAAACUUGUUUUGGGGCAGCAGUACAGUGCAAAAAUAGUGAGGAAGUGUUAAUGGGCCAUUCAGAUAUCUGACUUUAAUCCGCUUUGGUUUUUCAUCAGAAUUUAUUAUUUAGUCCAAGUCUGAUCCCAGCACAAGUUUAUUUCUCUUGUUAAUUUUCAGAUUCAGAUUUACUUAUCACAUGUGCAUACAGAGAGUGUGUUGUUUUUGUGUUAACAACCAACACACCUAAAGACAGCCCUCAAGCAUUGCCAGACCACAAUACUCAGCAAAACAGCACAAGCAGCAACAACCAAAGGAAAACUCAAAGCAGUUUUCCACCUUGCCACCACACACACACACACACACACACACACACACACCACACACACACUCAAACACACACAGACACACACACACACUCAAACAUACACACACACACACACUCACACACACACACACACACACUCACACACACACACACACACACAUACACACUCACACACACUCAAACACACACACACACACACACACUCUCACACACACACACACACACACACACACACACACACACACACACACACACACACACACACACACACACACACACACACACACACACACACACACACACACACACA